CAACGCUUUCCUAUAUUUUCCAUGGAGUAUCUCUACCACUGCCUUGGCUUCAUAUUCUUCAUUUUUCUCACUAUCAAGCUUUUAACUCGAAGAAAGCAAAACCUACCUCCCAGUCCCUUGUCUCUGCCGAUUAUUGGCCACUUUCACCUUCUCAGUAACCCUCUCUACAAAUCAUUAGCAACCUUGUUAUCAAAGUAUGGACCCAUUUUAUAUCUCAGAGUAGGUUCUAGGCGUAUCCUUGUUGCAUCUUCCCCUUCUGCUGUUGAGGAAUGCAUCGGCAAAAACGAUAUGAUUUUUGCAAACCGGCCCCCGACUAUGGCCGGGGAUAUUUUAAUGUACGACGGCCGUUCUUACGUGUGGGCUCCUCACGGACAUCUUUGGAAGAACCUUCGCCGUCUCAGCGUCGUCGAGAUUUUAUCGACAACCAGCGUUCAGAAGUCUUCUUCCAUACGUGAAGAUGAAGUCGGCAACUUGGUUCAUCGUCACUUGCUUGGAGUCUCGGCAGAUAACGGCAGCAGCCGAAAGGUGGACUUGAAAUACUUGUUUGGUCUUCUGACGAUGAAUGUCAUGUUGAAGAUGGCGUCCGGAGAGGCUGCAGCUAGGGACAAGGAGACAGAAAAGAUGGUAUUUAAAGAAUUUAAGAGUUUAUUUUUUCCGAGCUUGGGAACCAACAUAUGUGAUUUCUUCCCUGUUCUGAAAUGGAUUGGUUUCCAAGGGAUUGAAAAGGGGUUGAAAGAAUUGUAUAGGAGGAGAGACGAAUACGUACAGAAAUUAGUGGAUGGAAUUAGAUUCAAGAGAACUCGUGACAAUGCCAUAGAGAAUCCUUCGGUGAUCGAAAAGCUUCUGUCUUUUCAAGAAGAAGAUCCUGAAUUCUUUUCCGAGGAAGUCAUCAAAGGCACGACACUGAUGAUGUUCAUUGCAGGAACUGAAACGACUUCAGUUACACUAGAAUGGGCAAUGUCACUCCUAUUAAAUCAUCCAGAGGCUUUGAAGAAAGUGAGAGCCGAGAUUGAUAGCCGUGUCGGGCAUGAGCGUCUACUGAAUGACUCAGAUCUCUCCAAGCUUCCUUAUCUUCGUAGUGCUGUAAAUGAGACACUCAGGUUAUAUCCUCCAGCGCCGGUUCUAGUGCCCCAUUAUUCAUCCGAAGACUGUAUGGUGUGUGGAUACGAGGUACCUAAAGGCACACUGCUGAUUGUCAAUGCUUGGGCCAUACACAAUGAUCCUAAAAUAUGGGACGAGCCAACCAAGUUCAAGCCUGAAAGAUUUGAGGAGGAGAAAGAAGGAUCGAAAUUUCUUCCAUUUGGACUCGGGAGGAGAGCUUGUCCCGGCGCUACCAUUGGCUUGCGGUUGGUUCUGUUGGCACUUGGUACAGUUAUACAAUGCUUUGAAUGGGAAAAUGUGGGGUCAGAUACUGUAGAUAUGACCCCAGGUACUGGACUAGGUUUGUCCAAGGCUAUGCCAUUGGAGGCUCUGUGUUUUCCACGGCCUGAUUUGAUUAAUCUCCUCUCUCAAUUUUAAAGUUAACUUCAACUAAAAUUUUCAGCUUCAAAAGAUUUUGAGAUUGUAACUACAAUUGCCAUAGUGUUGGCCUUAAAAAAGGCACAGGAUUUUCAGGGUUAAGAAUUCAAAAGCUGAAAGGAUAUACAUCCACAUAUAUAAAUAACUUGUCAGGCGGUUUAUAUCUGAGUUGUAUAGUAGAAAAUGGUAGACCUGCUAUACCUUAAAUCUUGUUCAAGUCAUGCUAUUAAAGAUGUUCUUUAAAUCUGGUCGGAUGGCCAGGUCCUCCCGGUAGAUAACACUUCUAAUGGACAGUCCUGAGUCCAUCACAACAGAAAGUGCUGCUAGCCAGUACGAGGGGCCAGCAAGCUUCCUGGCAAGGUACAAGAAAGGCUUCUCAAAAUUGUAGUUGCUCUUGGUAGAAAUUUCGUAGUAUUGCAGGUUCUUCUUCCUGUGGAAUGUGACCUGCUUUGCCUUAACCUGUCUGUUCUUUACAUCAAACUUGUUACCGCAUAGAACAAUAGGAAUAUUCUCACACACCCUGCAAAGAUCACGAUGCCAUGUAGGAACAUUCUUGUAUGUCAACCGGGCAGUAACA